AUGCGCCUCCCAAUCCCAACCCUCGCGUUGAUCGCGUCAAUACUGAGCGUCGUGACAGCCAAGAGCAGUACGGGGGAUCGCGUCCUCGUGGUAUUGGAAUCUGGCAUAGAGAAGGGGGAUUACUCCAAGUUCUGGAAGUCAUUAGAGGCUCGAGGGUAUAGUCUCACGUUCAAAUCGCCAAAAGAUGAUACUGCCGAAUUGAUCAAGUAUGGAGAGAGGAAAUAUGAUCAUUUGAUUAUGUAUGCCCCAGGGCAGAAGACCUUCUCCCCCGCCCUCUCCCCCCAAUCCAUCCUGCACGCCCAGCUCGACGGCCUCAACACCCUCUACCUCCUCUCUCCCUCCCUCUCUCCCCUUAACCGGGACACAUUCCGGGAAUACGACCUGGAAUUUACCGAUUCUUCUGCCGGAAACACCCUCAUCUCCCCCUUCUCCUCCCUCGCCUCUGACCCUUCCUCGCCACUCAUCUUCCCCGCCCACUCCCCACUCCUCUCUUCCUCACCCGCCAACCCGGUCCUGUCGCCCAGUACACUCUCCGGAGGACCGAUCGUCUUUCCCGAGGCGAUCAGCCACUUUGCGGGCGAGACGCCCUAUGGUUUCCCGAUCCUCGGGGCGCCGAGAGGGAGCUAUGUCGGAGGGUCAGGUGGAAAUUCGAACUCGACUGCAGGGGAAGGGAGAAAGGGCGGGGAGGUGGUACUAGCGGGGAAAAUGGCAGGGGUGGUCAGUGCGUUCCAGACGAGAGAUAAUGUGCGGAUUGGGUUUGUGGGGAGUGGGAAGGCGUUGAGCGAUAAGGUCUGGGAGGCAAGUGUGGAGGAUCAGGAGGGGGUCACUCACCGUACUGCCAACGCCGCCUUUGCGCAAGACCUGACCUCCUGGGUAUUCCAAGAAACCGGCGUGUUGCGCGUGGAAUGCGCGACGCACUGGAGCAAGACGGGCGGGGAGGUGGAGAAGGCAGAGUAUAGGAAGAAUGAGGAGGUGGCCUACUCAGUCUCCAUCACCCAAUACUCGCCUUCCUCAGGCACCUACAUCCCCCUCGUCACCCCGCCCUCUGACCUCCAGCUCGAAUUUACAAUGCUCGACCCGUUUGUCCGCACCCCGCUCAUCCUCAACUCUACCGCCAGCUCUGCGCAGGGGUCGACGACGUACUCGGCCAGCUUUAGGGCGCCGGAUAGGCAUGGGGUGUUCAAGUUUGUGGUGGAGUAUUGGAGGCCUGGAUACACCUACCUCCGCUCAUCCACCACCACCGCCGUCGUCCCUUUACGGCACGACGAGCACAAGCGGUUCAUCACGGGCGCAUACCCGUUCUAUGGGGCGACGGUCAGUGUGUCGGUUGCUUUUGUCCUGUUUUGUGGGAUGUGGUUGGGGAUGGGUGAGGAGAGGGGGAGGAAGAAGGCAGAGUGA